GAGGGGGAUUCUCCCCAAGGAGGUUCUUUUGUUCGGGCCUCCUCUGAGGCUAAGCUUUUUAUCCUGUCCCCCAAUCCCAAACGCACUGUUUCCACAUCCUCCAGCAGGGAGAGGGUUAACUCCCACCCCCAGCCCUCUCAUGCUCAACCCAGACCCUCGUCUCAGCAGACCAAUAUGGAGCAGCGCAGAGGAACGUUGGGAGUCCUCAGCCGGAUGGACAAGAAGGGCAGGGAUUUCUCCAAAGGUCAGGGUGACCAUGAAGAUGUGGAGGAGACCCCGAUUCGGGUGGUGCUCAGGGUGCGCCCCAUGAGCCGGGCCGAGCGGCGGCGAGGAGAGCAGAGUGCCUUGCAGUGCACCGGGCCCAGGACGCUUCAGGUGAACGCCCCAGGUCUGGGAAGGGACAUGGCUUUCAGCUUCAGUGCCGUGUUGGAUGGAGCUUGCUCCCAGGGUGAGAUGUUCCAGGGCUGCGGCAUCCUGCGGCUGGUGGAGCUGGCCCUGCAGGGCUUCUCCUGCACGGCCUUCACCUUCGGACAGACAGGCUCUGGGAAGACCUACACCCUGACCGGCCCCCCUCCCCAGACGGAGCAGGAUCCUGUGCCACCCGAGCUGGUGGGCCUCAUGCAGAGGUCAUUCACCUGCCUCCUGGAGCGGGCCCAGCAGCUGGAGACCCCCGUCACCCUCAGCACCUCCUACCUGGAGAUCUACAAUGAGCAGGUCCGGGACCUGCUGAGUGGGGAGUCUCCCCGCCCCCUCCCUGUCCGCUGGAGCAAAGCCCAAGGCUUCUAUGUGGAACAACUAAAGACAGUAGAGUUUCGGAGCCUGGACACCAUCAGCCAGCUUCUGCAGGAGGGUCUGAGGCGGCGGCGGAGUUCAGCGCACACUCUGAACGAGGCCUCCAGCCGCAGCCACGCCUUGCUUACUGUGCACAUCCAUAGCCAAUCGGAGGAGACUCUUGGGGCCCAGUCCCCGGGUGGGAAGCUGUGCUUCGUAGACCUAGCUGGCAGUGAGAAGGUGUCAGACACCCGCUCCAAAGGACAGCUGAUGCUGGAGGCCAAUAACAUCAACCGCAGUCUACUGGCUCUGAGUCACUGUAUCUCCCUGUUGCUGGACCCCCGCCGGCGGCACAGCCACAUCCCCUACCGGGACAGCAAGCUCACACGGUUGCUGGCGGACUGUCUUGGGGGCACGGGGGUGACCCUCAUGGUGGCCUGUGUAUCCCCCUCAGCCAGCUGCCUCCCAGAGACACUCAACACCCUGCGCUAUGCCAGCCGGGCCCAACGGGUGCACACCAGGCCCCUGGCCAGGGUGGUUCCCCAGGAGCCACGGAGGGCCAGGUUGGAUGAGGAGGUCCGGCAGCUGCGGGAAGAAAACUUGCUUUUGCGGCAGCAGCUAGAGAAGUCGCCGGGCUGGGCCGGGGCAAAAAGAGUUGGGAGCUCGGGGGCCUGCGCAGGACGCCCACCCAGCAGUAGCGAGGACAACUGUGCUGCCCGAACCAGUGGACAAGGCUGGGCAGAAAGGAACCUGUAUGGGAUGCUUCAGGAGUUCAUGCUGGAGAACGAACAGCUCAGGAGAGAGAAGAAUCGGCUACAGAACAGUCGGGACAGUGCCCGGGGGGAGCAGAAGAUCCUGGCUCAGAAACUGGUGGAACUGGAGAGGCACCUUCUCACUUGCCCCGGGCUUCAUGUCCAUGAAUCUGCCCGAUGCCCGCCCCUGCCCAUCUUCAGCCCAGCUCCACCUUGUUCCUGUUCAGCCCCGCCUUGCCUCUGUUCGCUGCCUCAUGGGCACUGCCAUGCCACACACUGCACUGCGUUGCCUGCUCUCUGCUCCUGCCACUGCUGUUGCCAUGUCUGCCACUUAUCCUGUUCCUGUCUGCCCCACUGGGCCUCUUCCCGGCAUCUCAACUCUCAAGUAGAAGCACAGCUCCCUCAGCUGUUGAUGGAACUGCCUCCGCUGGACCCAUUCAUGGCCAAAGCCCAGGCCAAGACCCCCAGCACCCAAACACCUCGUCCUCCACCUUGGAACCAGUCACUCCGCCCCAGCUCUAACCAGUGCCAAAGGAAGAGCAGUAGGGCAGGAGACCGGGAUCAGCGGGGGUCCCAGCCUGGACAGUGGGAGGAGCUCCCUGGGGAGCAGGACAAGGUAGUACCCUCUGCCCCGCCACUUCCCGAGGGUCUCCACAGUGCUCCAGGGGAGUUAAGAGAGGUCUCAUGCCUGGCGCUGAAGCUGGAGGAGGAGCUGGACGUCCUGAGGGAACAGAUGGGCCAUUCCAUCCGGCUGAACCGGGCCCGGAGGUCCCCUGCAGAGCGACGGACUUUGGGCCGGCCCCUCCUUCCCCCCUAAAGCAGUCCCUCCUCCAGAACUGGCCCCAUCCUUAGCACAUGUGGAGAAGGUGGACUAGAGCCUGGGAGAACCCUGGGGAUGCUGGGUGCUCUUGGACUUCCCCACAGCUUCCACUCCCUGUCACUCAGCCCACGAUAGACCUGACCUACAGUUCAUCAUGGCUUACUGUUUCAGGAUCAACUAGAAGCAGCAUGGCCUAGUGGAAGGAGCACGGGCCUGGGAGUUAGAGGAACUGGUUCUAACCCCAGCUC